AUGAACCGUAAAUCAGACGCAUAUCCAAAUAUAUGUUUUUACAGGGUGUAUAAGAAGAACAGUACAAAUGGCUCAAUUUGUAUUUACUUGGGCAAAAGAGACUUUGUGGACCACGUGGAGAAUGUUGACAUUGUGGAUGGGGUGCUCAAGGUGGACACUUCCAAACUUAAUGGAAGAAAAGUGGUUGUGCAGCUGGCUUGUUUCUUCCACUAUGGGAAGGAUGAAUUUGAUGUGAUCAGUUGGUCUUUCAGAAAAGACAUUUGGAUCCAGCACAUUCAAAUCUAUCCCCCACCUGCUGGAGACAAACCAACUAUCACACCUAUGCAGGAUGUUCUUAUGAAGAAAGCAGGAGAGGGAGCCUACCCCUUCACGUUUAAUAUUCCAACAAAUCUGCCUUGCUCUUUAUAUUUUCUGCCAGCAGCAAGGGACAAAGGCAAGGCUUGUGGCAUUGAAUUUAACAUAAAAGCCUAUAUUGCUAAUGAGGCUGAUGAUCCAAAUGAGAAAAUUGACAAAAAGGACACUUGUCAAUUGAUCAUUCGCAAAAUCCAAUUUGCACCAGACAAAAUGCUACCUGGACCUGAGGUGAAUAUCUACAAGCAAUUCAUGUUUUCAGAAAAAACGAUUCACCUGGAGGUCUCCAUAGAGAAGGAGGUUUACUAUCAUGGAGAUCCAAUCAAGGUCAGAGUGAAAUUAAACAACCAGACCAAUAAAGUGAUAAAAAAAAUAAAAAUUUCCAUUGACCAGACAGCAGAUGUUGUGCUCUACUCAACUGACAAAUACACCAAAGUUGUUCUCUGUGAGGAAUUUCGGGAUCAAGUAAAGGGCCAAACUACAUUUGACAAGGAAUACGUAAUCACACCUCUUCUCAACAAUAAAGAGAAACAUGGUCUGGCAUUAGAUGGCAGGAUAAAAGAUGAAGACACAAAUCUUGCAUCAUCCACAAUUCUGAGAGCUGACACAUGUAAAGAUGUGCAGGGCAUUGUGGUGUCUUACAAAAUCAAAGUCAGCCUCAUGGUGGCCAAAGAUGGUGUCUGGGGAAGGCUUAUAUCCAGUUAUGUUACUGCUGAAAUACCUCUGAUCUUGAUGUCACCAAAACCAAAAGAUGACUAAGUGGACAUACCCUACAUCUCAGCUGCAUUCAAGCAUAAUGUCAUUAAUUAUAUUUUCUUUGUUGUUUUUGCCAUUAACAUGUGGACUUAAUUUUUUUUGUACAGAAUUUGGUUCUUUAUUAAGUAAAUUGAAAAUAAAUAUAAAUAAACAGUAUUA